UACUCGGUUCGUGUCCAGUGAGGUCUCCAUGAGCGCACUGGCGUGUUUUUGGUUCUCCGUGUGGCGCAGAGCUUUUGCUCUCAUGUUCUGAAGCCGCUCCAGCCCAAGAUCCACCAUGUCCACCGGGUCUCUCAGCGACGACGAGCUCCUGGACGGCAUCCUGAAGUUCAGCUCCUCCGGUAAAGACUCCAACGAGAGCACGGAGGAGAGCUCCAACUGCGAGGGAGCGUGCGCAAACGACGAGCGGAGAGAUGCGCCCGGGAAGAGGCGAAAGACGGGCUCCCGCAAGAGUGCGGCCAAGGGCGGGGCGCAGCAGGAGGGCAAGCAGGUGCAGAGGAACGCAGCCAACGCACGGGAGAGGGCCCGCAUGCGCGUGCUCUCCAAAGCCUUUUCACGGCUGAAAACCUCCUUGCCUUGGGUACCACCGGACACCAAGCUCUCCAAGCUGGACACACUGCGCCUGGCGUCCAGCUACAUCGCGCAUCUCCGGCAGAUCCUGGCCAAUGACAAAUACGAGAAUGGAUAUAUUCAUCCAGUUAACCUGACGUGGCCCUUCAUCGUUGCGGGGAAACCAGAGACAGACCUGAAGGAGAUGCUGAGCGCAACCCGGCUGUGCGGAACCACUGCGUCCUGAUGCGCAGACGCACCACUUCUGAAGGGAGAAAAAAGGAACAAAAAGACUUUUAAAAAAAAAAGACUCAAUUCCAUGUCUGCGCUGACUGUGAGUGGGAAUAACGGGGGUGGGCAUCCACUCCCCCCUCGUUCCCGUAUCUAAAAAAGUAUUUAAUUCCCCUGCUAUCUUUGCUGGUUCAAAGAUAUUUUUAAACAGCUUUUUUAUUAGUAUUUUUUGAUGAACUGCAUCAUGAACAACUCAGUUGCCUUUUUGUUGAAAAUACUGUACAGCUUUCAUAUAAAAUAUAUUUGCAUUUAUACAUUUUCCUUUGGGUUCCUGUUUGCUUUACUCUCCUGUGUGGGCCGCUGUCUGACCUCACCAGGCCUCUUAUCAGUCUCCUCCUUCAGAAAAAGCAGAACCUGAUUACGACAAAGCACUGAGCAGAUAAGUUCCUAUGUUGUUUCAGGAUGAUAACAGUGGACGUGGCUGUCAUUCACAUAAACAAACGUUUGCAUGUAGCCUCAUUUAAACCUUUCAAAAAUGAUCACAAAUGAAAAAAAACGACUUUAUUGUGUUGGACAAUAAUUUCAAGGAGGAUUUGUGACUAAAUUCAAACAAAUAUAUUAUUAAUCAACAUGGUUUUGGGUUCAUACAAUCAAAACAGAGUAUUUUUGCUUUUAUAUAGUUAAAAAAAACUGUGCUUAGAGUUCCAGUCCCACCCAGACCCGUUGUUUUAAUUUGCCCGGGUUAUGACCGCUCUGUUUACACGACAUGGACAGUUAUUUAUGCAGUCUGACACAAGGCCUCUCUCGCACUUUUCCUAAAAGAAGGAUGCUACAAAUAUAGAGUUCUUAUGUAAUCCGAUUACUUUCUUCCCCCUGCCUUGAUGUAAUUGUCCCAUCCACGAGGCAGAGCAUUUUUUUACGGCAAAUAAUGAGGCGAAUGUGUGAAAAAUUCACUAAAAUAUCACACCAUUUCAAAAUAAAAUGCAUUAAAAGUAUUUUAAUAAAUGAGUUUUAUUAACUUCCUGCUGUUUUUGAUCAACCUGUGCAAAUCAUGCUCUUGGAAACAAAUAAGUGUUGUAGGAUUUUUUUUAAUUUGUCUAUUUAAACUUAUAAAUCAGUCGUUUUUUAAUGAAUUUACAUUUAUUUUCUCUUGUGGUAAGUCACUGAAUUUGCAUUUUACGAUAAGCAAAAGUGCUUUACCUCAUAACAUUCAAAUUACUUUUUCUUCCCCUCCUGCACUACUUAUUUUAUGGUUUCUUUAAAGCCUUAUUUGUCACUCCGAUGGCUCUUUUUUACGCACUUGUUACCUCAUCUUAUCAAUAAUAGACACCAUCGCGUCUCCUGGAACAGCAACAAUAAGACUGAGUGCUGCUGUAAUAAAAGAGUCCCACUGGUGUCUCUUCAGGGACCCUCACCUAAUACAUCAGCAGCAGCAUGGCAGGGGCCUCGCCACCACCUUACAGGGACCACCGUGAAGAAAAUAAACUUGGCCUCCUCUCUCCCGAGGACAGAGAGCCAGAGAAGAAGAAAGCAAAAGGAGGGAGGGAGGAGGGAGGGAUUUGUUUGAGAGCACGGCUGGGAUUCCCAUACUUGCUAAUUGUUUUGUUGGACGUCUGCCCAAACUGUGAUGUGAACAAAGUACUCCGAACUGAGGGGAGGACAGAAAUCACAUUUUGUUCCUGCUGAUCCCAUCAUGUUUCACAUCUGCGUGAUCCUUGUUGUUCUUUCACAACACCAACCUCAUAUUGGCACAAUCCAUCAUGAGCGUUUCCACCAAAAACCGAAGCGUGCAGUUUACAUUCCAACCGUGCUGUGUCAGUCAGCACAGAUACAGUCCAGCAAAUAGAAACAACAGCCUUUUCCCAAUCACAGGGCUUCAAGAGGUUCUAACAUCAAUGACAAUAUUACAAAAAAAAAAAAGAAUAUCAGGCGACUUCAAUGUAAACUCAAAUCUGCCCAUAUCAUCAUGCUUCCUUUAUCGUGCCUGACAGUUAUUUUUGAGGUGAUUUAUUCUAAAACUAAAUCAUUUAUGUCUUAUUUAAAUCAGUUUUACAGGGAUUUUUUCAAUCAUUUACUAGGCCAAUUCUACAUUAAACUGUUAUAUUUUAAAAAUGUAACUUAUUUUUAAAUCCUCUGAACAUCGUCAUUUUACCAGUCCAAUCACAGUGUUGACAUUUUAUUCAAACUUUCCAGUAAAUAACAAAUAUAUUUUGUUAAUAUUCUCAUUUUUACAUAUAUGAUAAAAUUAGCUUUCUUUUUAUAAAAUAACUAUGAUUUUAUUAAGUAAUUUAUGCUAAAUUUAUACUAAAUAUGGGGUUCAGGGAACAGAGAAAAGAAAAGGUAGAUGUGAUUCUGAGGGGAUCCAGAAGCUUUACUGCAUGACUGCUUAUCCAGAGUUAUAUUUGGCCUUCAGACAGUAUUUGACUUGUAUCUGCUACUCGAACAUCGCCCUCUUCUGGAGAAAUAGUCACUUGGUGAAACUACAAAACUUUUGUCUCAACAUUUCUAUUUCUUAGUGGCAUGAAGAAAUCUGUUAAACUGUUAAACUUUGAUAACAAGUUUUACGUACGUGCAUGUAUUAUCAGAACUUUUAUGUACCUAAAAAACUUGAAGUAUUUUGGUAAAAUGUUUCAGGUUUCUUGUCUCCCUCUGGCUUUUUAUGUAAUGUAUUCUUGUGAAGUAAAAAGUUUUGUACUUAAAACUAUAGAGAAUGGUAUUUUUGAACAAUACAUUUUCCAAAAAUAGAUUUUGUAUAUUCAAUAAACUGCUAAAAAAAAAAAAGAAAAAAA